GAAACUUAGCCUUAGCUUAACAGUACUGAGAUGGGUCGGAGACAGAGCGUCGGGGUUUUGGACAUUGCUUCGCCCAAACCUGCGCCGGGCUCAAAAUCACCAAGUCGACUCUUCACUCGUCUACUGGGUGCUGUGUCUACGCGCUUAGCGCCGCUGAUAGAUACUGACGAAGACGAAGACAGCGUGUCGAAGUCGGUUUCCUCACUCCCACCACUAUGCAGCCCAAUACACCCAGGCACCUUGCCGUCCCCCGGCCUUGACACUCGGACGGGCCCAGCGCUCACCUACGGCUUCACCAGAUGUACGUCGGAAAGCACGUCCUUGUCUACAACAGGCGAGGUCAGCCGGCUAAAUGUGGACAUCGCAGCUCUGCAGUCGCAGCAGUCUAGGGGCCGGGCUGGCUCCAUUACCAGCGGUCCCCAGGGCGCGGCAUCAACACGGCGCGGGAGCACGUCGGUGCACUCGCCCGCGUCAGCUGCUUACACGCCAUCACACCUUGCGCCGACCGCCAGCUUGCAUGGAGUUGGCGGUGGCGGUGGCGGUGGCGGCGGUGGCACGCCGCCGGUGGUGGUCAGCGUGGGCAGGUUGCUGCCCCCGCUGUCCCCUGGCGCGGUGGCGAUAACUGCGGGCCAGCUGGAUGACGGCACCACGCACGGCACGUCAGCGGCUGGCAGUGACGCAGGGCCGCUUGUGACGUCGCCGCCAGGCGCAGCAGCCGCAGCCGCAGCCGCAGCCGCAGCCGCAGCCGCCGUACGGCUGCCUGACAUCUAUGGCGGCGUUGCGGACGGCAGGGCGGCGCUUGCCUUCCCGCGUAACUCCGCCAGUUCGUUACCCUCGGCCCUCCUGCACGGCGGCAGCCCUGCAGGCGGUACAACUGCUAGCGGCGGGGCCACCCCAAGCGGCGCCCAGGCAACUGCCGGAGGCAACAGCCCUGGGGGCGUGUCGGUGUGCUCAAUGGGCGGGCACAGCCUCCCACAACAGCAGCUUCGGCUACAGCAGCAACUGCAGCAACAGCAACUGCAACAGCAGCGGCAGCAGCAGCAGCAGCAACAGCAGCAGCAAGAGCAGCACCAUCCUCAGCUGCAAGAGCAUCUUCAACAUCCUUUGCCUGGCAGCAGCCCACCGGGCUCGGCAGGCGGCGGUGCCAUCCACAGGGCCCCGACGGCGCCUGGGGCAGCUGGCGCUGCUGCCGCCAGCAACCUGGGUCGCGGUGUCGGAACUCUCGCUGCGCCCCAUCAACCACAGGGUGGCAGCCCGGUGCCGGCGCCGCCGGCCGCGACGGUUGCAGCUGCGCCGCCGGCCCCGGCGCCGCCCGCCGCGCCGCUGCUGCUCACCACGGGGCGGAAUGUGCCGCCGGCAAUGCAGCGACAGUCGUGGUGCUUGCAAGAUUACAACAUUAGAAAGCGGCUGUACAAAGGAAGCAUCAGCGCUGUGUAUCGGGCCACCUGCCGGCGCUCCGGGCUCAAGGUGGCGCUCAAGACCUACAGCUUCCACCGCAUCCCCGCCAACGUGGUGCACAUGCUGGUGCGCGAGGUCAAGCUGCACGCGAAGCUGGCGCACCGCCACGUGUUGGCGCUGUACGCCGCCUUCCAGGACGCCGACUAUUUGGUGCUGGUGCAGGAGUAUGCGAGCCGAGGCGACCUGCACGGGGUGGUGCACAAGGCUCGGCGGCGGCCCCUGUCUGAGGCGCAGCUGGCCCAGCUGGUGCUGGCGCCCUUCCUGUCCGGGCUGGCCUACGUGCACGGCAAGGGCAUCCUGCACCGGGACGUCAAGCCCGAGAACAUCCUGUUCACUGACGACUGGCGGCUGGUGAUUGGCGACUUCGGUGUGGCACUGGACCUGCACCAGGAGCGUGCCGUCACCCGCACCGGCACACUCGAGUACAUGGCGCCCGAGGUGCUGCGCUGCCCCGUCAAGUCGCGGCCCGAGGAGAACAAGGACCGCGCCGACCUCUUCUACGGCCUGGCCUCCGACGUCUUCUCCACAGGAGUGCUGGCCUACGAGAUGCUCACAGGCUUCCCGCCCUGCGUCAUAGCGCAGGCGGCGGUGCAUGGUGACGGGAACGGCAGCGUGCAGGGUGCAUCGGGGGGUGGAGGCGGCGACACCGGCGGCAGUAGCAGCAGUAGCAGGCGCGUGCAGCAGACGCAGAACGCCAGCCUGGAUGUGAUGCAGCUGAUGCCCAAGAUCUUCUCGGCGGGGGUGCGGUCCUUCAUUGCGGCGGCCAUGGCGCCGGACCCUGGCGACCGGCCCACCGCGCAGCAGCUGCUGCGGCACCCCUGGCUGCUUGCCGCGAUGGCGUCGGCGGGCGUCGGCGGGGAGGCGCCACAGCAGCUGGAGCCGCAGCAGCGGGAGCAGGAGCGGGCGCAGGAGCGGGAGCAGGGGCGCCAGCGGGAAUAAAGCGCACAUGCUGCCGGAAAGGUGGCACUAGCUAUUCAUCCUAUUGGCAACGCGUUGGGCACAAGAUAAUGUUUGCUGCGCACAUAGGGCGGGGUGCAGGAGGCGGCUCUCACCAACUUGCCACACGGCGCGUCUCCGUCCUGAUGGGCAGCAGGGUGACAUUUGCCUGGUCACAGGGUGUUCCAGGCCUGUGCCGUCGGCGGCCUGUCAGGACAGUGACGGUCCGCUGGCGAGGAUGGGCUGCACCAUCCAUGUCAGAGUGGCCGGUGCAUCUUAUGCACACCCAGUACUGGCGUGGGCGAACGAAUUCGUGUAUUGGACACCGCGUGCGGCAGCUGGGCAGGCGUGGCUGGCUCGGGGCCAAAUGCGGACUUGGCUUUGGCCAUGGCCUGCCUGGGGCCGACCCAUGCGCAUUGCCUCUUAGUAGGGUACACUGUCAUGAUACCAACGAUCAGAUUUUCAUGUGCAUGUUGCUCUGUUUCACAUCUAGGUGUGUCAGUAUUGUGGGAUGAAGGCACCCAAGGCAAUGGCCGCCAACUGUGUGUGCAGAGAGAGCGCAUGGUGCCGCCCCCACAUGCAUCGUGCACAACGAAAGGCAUCAUGUACGCGCGUGAGUAAGAUCAACUUGGUGCAGUUGCAUUUGUGGGGCCGGCAUCACGUUCUAUUUACAACUUACAACUCAGACCGAAGGCUUGUUCUGGGUACCUCUCUUGUUGGACAUGUACCGCAAUGCGUUGAGUAUUGACCAUAUAUCGCCGGUUAGGGCGCUUGGUGCUGCAUGGCUUCAUGCCGGAUCAACAUCGAAGAAGCACUGACAUCACAACUGAGAAGGCUGUCGUAUUGAUAGCACUGUUUUGCAGGCUCGUGCCUGUAAUGUGUUUUGAACGAAGGUUGGAGAAGGUGGUGCCCACUAUUUGCCAGAUUCUUGUCGUAAAUUAGUACUAGUACGGAAGACUGUCAAGCCGGGUAGGCUGUGGCGGCUGGCCGCGUGUCGGAGGGGAGGCCACUACGGGGAGACCACUACGGGGACAAGGGACAAGAGCGUUAUGCAUGCGGCUACCAAUGCUGUAGCAUGCUGUGCCCGCCAGCUGCAUAUGUUCCUGAAAUGGCGGUCACCGUGUUGGCAGGUGCUCAGCGCUGGCCGUUACUUGUUGGUGUAAUUGCAUUGUUGUUUGACUUCUUGGGCUUCGUGACGGCCCAGGACCAAGCAGGAUGUGGAGUGUGCCACGACGCGGCAUGUCCGCUUGGGUGCCGACAGGUUAGGGGUUGUGUGCGUGUGAGAGUGUGGCGUUGCGGAGCCCCCAAGGAAAGCAGUCCGUUCCAGUUGUUGUGAUUUGCACACCUGAGUCAUGUUUGCUCCUACGUGCGUGAGUGUCGCUUAAGGAGGGUUGUAAGCGUCAGAUUUGGGGGUUGUGGAUGAAUGCGUGUUCGCAUGUUGUGGUGGCGGCGAACCCGGAGCGGAGUGUGCGUGCGAGGCCACGCAUGUGGAGGUGGAGAGCGCGGAGCCACCUAGGAAGCAGCGCCGGCGCGCGGGCUGAGAAGCCAGUCGGCGUUUAGCUAACUAUCAGCGGGCAAGCACAGCAUGAGUAGCCAGUGCGGCUGUUCGUCUGUGCUGUGUUUCGGCUGCUGGAAUGGCGAUGCCUGGCUGGCUGUGCGUGCUCAAAGCGACCCGGGCUACGUCUUGGGAGAUGAGGUAGUUUCGAAACUUUCGGGCACGCUCAGAGGGUGACGUGUGGUGGGGGAUCAGCCCACUUUCAGCUUCGGAUGACCCUUUCCCUUGUAAUCGUGCUUUGAAAUGCAUUUGAUGGUGUUCAGUAGGAUCGGCGGAUGCUAUCCGGGACAUAACUGGUUGUGUGUGGUUACAAGGUGGUAAGCACGACGUGCAUUCCUGUCCCUGUAGAAACCGAGGCCCCGGCCGGGGGCCCGUUAUGACGCCUGUAACACAUAUAUAUGCAGCUAGUUUGGUCCCCGAAUGGGUGUGCUUUUGCUUCUGUCAUUCUGUGUGGAAUCUAGUAACGCACCUAACCUGGCUGGGUCCGUAUUCUGCAUAACGGCCCGCAUCUCUCCUGUAAAAUCGAUUUCGCUACCCGCACGCAACUGGUCAUACGUAGGCCGUAUACCGCGUAAGCACAUGAUUCUCAUCUUCAACUUCAUUUGCGACACAUAACGGGUACAUCCUCUCCUCCUUAGGUCGUCCAUAGGCGCGGUUGGCAGUAAGCGGCCAGCAGCACACGUGGAAGCUCAUCAAGGUCUUGUGAUGCGCAGCUGGUAUGGUAUAGAUGCUCCACUGUGCCCUUGCAUGCCGCGCCUUCCGCACACAGCCCCAUCAAAUGCUUGCACUUGCUCAUCUGUACGCCUGGCUGCUUGUUGUCUGAUGGGAAAGUGCUUGGCUAAGACUGCAGCCGCUCAUAACUGUACUCUAUUGUCCCCGGAGCAUGGCUGGCUGCGGUGAGUGCAGGUUGGCACUGCUGCACCGUUUGUACACCCUCACAGUUGUAGGUUGUGUUGAUCUGCUAUGUGCUGAUCUGCUUAUUAUGAAUAAUGGUAAGCUUGUAAACCCAAUGGCAC